GGCUGCGGCUGCGGCGCCGGGACGGCGGCGAGGGGAGCCGCGGGCGGCCCGCGGCGGAGGCCUACCGCGGGGUACGUGCGGGACGGGGCCGGGCCGGGUGGCGGCCCCGUGGGCGGAAAGCGGCCCCGCGGCGCCCGCUCCGGCGGGGGCGGGCCGGGCGGAGUGCUGAGCUGGGGUGAGCGGAGCGGGACGGGGGGCGGUGCCGUGGGGCUGUGGGGCCGCCGUGCGGGAGCGGCGCCGGUGAGCGAGGCGGCGCGGGGCCGGGCCGCUCUGGUGCGGUGCGCUGCGGUGCCCUCAUGCGAGCGCCGCGUGUUUCGGGUUCGUUAGGAGUUGCAGCUCAGUAGCCGAGCACGGAGCCCGCGAGCGAGGCGGUGUUUUGGCCCAUCUUAGAGCCAGGCGAGACUUGUUUCUUUUGCAAAGUGUCGCUGCCGCUGCUGCAGCUCCGUGUCGUUUUCCUUUCCUGCAAGAAGUCCGCUGGAAGCGCUGCGAAAGGUGAUGGAUGCGCAAAGCGCGGCGCUCGGCUCCGAACCCGUUGCGUCGUCGGAGACUUCAGGACGCCCCGAGUGCUGGAGGUUCUGUCAUCCGUGAUGGCGUCAGCGCUCCCCAGAACCCUCGGGGAACUGCAGCUGUAUCGAAUACUACAGAAAGCAAACCUCCUGUUCUACUUCGACGCCUUCAUUCAGCAGGGUGGUGAUGACGUCCAGCAGCUCUGUGAAGCAGGUGAAGAGGAGUUCUUGGAGAUAAUGGCUCUGGUAGGCAUGGCGAGCAAGCCGCUCCAUGUGCGACGGCUGCAGAAGGCCCUGAGGGACUGGGUCACAAACCCUGGGCUGUUUAACCAGCCUCUCACCUCCUUACCAGUCAGCAGCAUUCCCAUCUAUAAACUGCCAGAAGGGUCUCCUGCGUGGCUGGGGAUAUCCUGCAGCAGCUACGAGCGGAGCAGCACUACCAGAGAGCCGCACUUGAAGAUGCCCAAAUGCGCCGCCACAACUUGCGUGCAGAGCGUGGCUGCCAGCAAAUCCGAUGUGGUGGGGAGCCUAGCGCUGCAGGGCAGCAGCGAGCCCAGGCUCUGGCAAGGACAGCACACGACAGAGAGCGAGCAGAGCCUCUCCCCGGCUGACCUCGGCUCUCCUGCAUCGCCAAAGGAGAGCAGCGAGACACUGGAUGCUGCCGCUGCGCUGUCCGUUGCUGAAUGCGUAGAGCGCAUGGUUCCCUCCCUGCCCAAAAGUGACUUCAACGAAGUCAAGGAGGUACUGAAAACAAAUAAGAAACUGGCAAAGAUGAUUGGUCACAUCUUUGAGAUGAGCGAUGAGGACCCUCACAAAGAGGAGGAGAUCAGGAAGUACAGUGCAAUAUAUGGCAGGUUUGACUCGAAAAGGAAGGAUGGCAAACAUCUUACUCUCCACGAGCUAACAGUUAACGAGGCGGCCGCCCAGCUGUGUGUGAAGGACAACGCGCUGCUGACCAGAAGGGAUGAGCUCUUUGCUCUCGCUCGGCAGAUCUCCCGGGAGGUCACCUACAAGUACACCUACAGGACCACCAAAUCUAAAUGUGGAGAAAGGGAUGAACUGUCACCAAAGAGAGUCAAGAUAGAGGAUGGUUAUCCUGACUUCCAGGAUGCAGUCCAAACGCUCUACCAGCCCGACAAAAUGCCACUUGCUUUGGCCAAGGGGAAGAGUGAGGAUUCAGCAGCUCUUAAUGCCCAGUCUGAAAAGGUGAUGGCAAAACAGAUGGAGUUCCUUUGCAACCAGGCUGGAUUAGAGAGACGUCUUUCCACGGGGUGUUACAGGCAGAACUCAGAAGAGCACAGCCCCAAUGGCAUGUCAUUAGAUAAUGUUGAUGGACAAGGUGAAAGGCCGCUGAAUCUCCGCAUGUCAAACCUUCCCAAUAGACAGCUGCAGCACAUUUCACUUGAUGGAGAGCAGCACAUUGGAAAACCACUGUGCAGUGAAUUGAUCCGGCUUUACCCUGGUGGCGAGGCAAAGUCCCAGUCCUCGGAAGGCCUUGGUAUCUUAAAGGAUUUUCCUCACUCAGCUUUUAACAACAUAGAAAGGAAGGUCAUAAAAACAGAACCUGAGGACACAAGAUAGUCUGGAACCUGUUCUGGAAACCGGAAUCAUAAUAAGGAAUGAAACUUCACAAGAGAAGAAAAAACAGCCUUAAUAACCAGUGUUGCCUCAUUCAAAUAAGAGAUUUCAAUAGCCAAAGCAUAAGAACUGGUCCAGUAAUCUGUGGAAACAGAAAAGCAAAAGACACUGCAAACUCAACAGUAAUACAAGUGGAUAAACAUUCCUGUCCAAGUGGUUUUAUAACGUGGAAAGACUCACAAAUUAAUAUUGUGGGUCUGCUUUAUUUAAGAAUGUAUUAUGUAUUUGUAUAACUUAUCAAAGUAAAUCUAGAUGUCAGGACGUGUAUAGAGUCCAGUAGAUGUGGCUACAGUUCAUUUUACUUGAAAUUUCAGUGUCUACUUUAAGUGUACCUAGCAUAGACCUGGUUGUUAAACAUGAGAAUUACAAACCCUUGGGGAAGUGGGAGCGUGAACAUCAUGACACAAUGAACAGCAAGUUUGCAGCAGUGUUUGUAGGAGAAAUGGAAGGUGGGUAAAGUAUCUCCUGGUUUAAGAUGCUAUGUGGGUAUAGCGUUUGGUAGACCUAGAGCCCAGUUCUGUACUAUAGCAGAUGUUCUUGACACUUCGUAUUGUUACAUCACUUGUAAUGGUUUCAGCAGCCUUUGUGUAAUGCACUUACAGUAGACUACCUAUCUACAGUUGGGGAGUGUAGAAAAUGACCAUUAGAGUAUGGAAGAGUUCUUGUUAGUGGUUCCCAUUUUGAUGUGGAAGUGUAACCGUUUGAUACACCUUCAGUUGAUUGAUCAAUUUCAGUACAAUCACUGAAGUUGCACCCGAUAUCCAGAGAACAUCAGAUCUUUUGGAGGAGAGAGAUGAGGGAUUGCGUCUUUGCAAUGUGACUCCUUAUUAAGUGCUGUCCAGCCCACGUGAUUCUAUGAAUAUACCGUGUACUGCACACAGUAUGCCAACACGUUUCUUUAGGUAUGUGUUUAAUUCACAUCCGUAUUCUUUAUUUAUUUGACAGUUUUUAUUUCUUUUGUACGUUUUCACUUUUGCAGAUGUCAUUUUACCUGAGGGAAAAUAAUGGGCUUAAAAGGUUGGGAUUUCCCAUGCUGCGUUUGUGUGCAUCCGUCUUUCCUCUGUGCACCUCCUGCAUUGAGGAUGGCUUUCCUGCAGUCACAGUAGUUAUAUGCCUUAGUUUCUGAAUGCAGCUUUUUCCUACAGCGUUCUCUGGAGGAGUGAAGGAGGGUUAAAGGACACGAGUUACCAUGCAGGGGGCAGAUGGCCACGUUCAGCUGUGUCCUCCAUGUCUGCAGCUGGCUCUGUGUCGUAGCUGUGCACUCACAGUCCAUUGUACCCAAGUGCUCAGUGAAAUGUGAGCUGAAACGUCUGCACUGCAGUCUCUUAUCACUGUAAACAUACCUGAUUAUUUGAUCACUUUGGAUUUGUGGAACAAAGCUUUAUAGUAGAAACACCGGUAAAUGACUUUUUAUACUAUUAAAAUGGUUUUUUUUAAUUGUUUCUUGACCUCUAUGGUACUGUUUCACUUCCUGAAGUAUCUUACUUCAAGUGAUGGAGUCUGCAGCUUUGCUGUUAGAAGUAAGAGAUGGAACAUGUAGUUAUAUUUCCUCUUUCCUGUUGUGUGAGCUUGUAGUAUGAGUAAUUGUUUGGUUUGUAACGUUAGCCAGUGCCCUGGUUAGGAGCUGAGUAGUUUUCAUGAGAAGAUAUGGGACUUGCUAAAGGACAGCUUCAGCUUUGAGCUGUGCAGCUGGAGUCACAAAGCAGCAAGCCUCAAGACGUGCAGGAAAUGCUCUUUCGUUCAACAUCUCAACUGCUGUGUGUGGAUCACAGGAGAAGCUCUUAAGCUUGCUGGUCUUUUCGGUUGGAUGAGAGGAAGGAGGCAGAGCUUGCUAAGCAGCACGCCGUUUCAGUUGAGUCCAGAACUGAUUUCGUAAACACUAAUUAUUAAAUUUGCUAUAAAUUAAAGUACAUCACAGAUUUCUGAGUUGUAAAUACAGUACUCUGUGCCACAACCCCUUGGUUAUCUCUAGAAUGAUAUUUCAGGUUAGAAGUCCAACAGGCCAUUUCAGUCUCAGCAAGCUGGAAGCUAUUUUUUUUUAUUGGUUUGCAGCUCUACCUUUUUUGUUUCUGUUUUUUAAAUCCUGAGAGUGGAGGUGGGAGGGUGGGGGGGUUUCAUACAUUCCACGAUGGCACCUAAGUUUGGUAAUAGCAGAUAUUCAAGCAUUGGUCUUUCCAUGACAAAGGUCUUGGUGGACUGCAACUUGUCUGUUAAUGGAGGCAGGGGGAACGUUCACCCGCAUCUGCUCUGGGCGGGUUGCUGGAUUCAGGGUGCUCUGAAUCAGAGGCCAGCCCUGCAAAUGAUGCCUGUUCUUAUUCACAUGUUUAUAUUGUUGCUACAAAAUAAAAUUCACCGUGAGAACUCCUUA